AUGGAAGAUUCUCAAUCGCAAGAUAAGGCAUUUUUGACUAGAGAGAUGCUCCGCAUAUUUUAUGACAUAUGUAUCAAAGCAAUUGAGAAAGGCUUGUACGUCCAGAUAAAUUCUUAUGGGAAGGGUUCUUGUAGGUGCCCUGAUAGAGUUCAACUAUCAUGGAAGGCGAAAGAGUUUUCCACAACUCAUAUAGCAUCACUAGCACUACAGAACCAAACUCUGGUGGUGAAGUUACAGCAGACAGGUAAAGAUGCCUUUGGUAAUAUCAAGUAUCAUUACAAAGGAAGUGGUGAAAAUUUAGUCAAAUUCUCAGCUACUAUAUCUGAGUUGGACAAGGCCCAGAGAAGUGGACCCGUUAGUGAAACUGAAGUGGCAUCCGCAGAUUCUAUAUCUGAGCUUGAGACUGUGAGAAGAAUAGAUGCAGGACUGCUUAGCUUUAAGCAUGUUUUCAUGGCGAUGUUCAUUUCGCUGAUUUCGGCAAUAGUAUACAUAUGUCAGCCACAGAAGCUUCCGUUUUGGUGAGAGCAAUGUUACUUCUUCUUGUGCUAGAAGCCCAGCAGAGCAGCAUUAGGCACAAGCUUUUAAGACAGAUCAAGAAUGACAUAGAAGAUUUUAUUUUGGCAACUUGAUUUUCUGUAACAAACACACAAAUCAGGAGGAAAAUAUUUGGAAAUGAUAAAUAGCUCUGCUGGGUUCAA